CCGAUUGUAAUCGAAACAUUCACAUUUCGACGCCAUAUUGUCAUGUCAGAGUUUUGACGGUGGAUGGUGAACGCUUGAGGAAAUAAUUUUUCACAACAAAUUCUUCUAAUACGUGUUUUACAAUUUAAGUGCGUCUUAUUUGGUAAGACGCUGGGUGCAGGUAGCAUCCUGUGAACCAUGAGCUAUCAGAUCCCGACUUCACAAAGCCGCACAAUGUCUCACAGCAACUAUGGAGGAUCUGACGUGCCGAUGGCCCCUAGCAAGGAGCAGCAGACCCUGCUGUGGCAGCAGAACUCCUACCUUGUGGAUUCUGGUAUCAACUCCGGAGCUGCCACUCAGGUGCCAUCUCUUACUGGCAAAGAAGAUGAUGAGAUGGAAGGAGAUCAGCUCAUGUUCGACCUGGACCAAGGGUUUGCUCGUUUUACCCAGGAGCAAGUUGAAGACAUGAACCAGCAGUUGUCUCAGACCCGCUCCCAGCGAGUCCGAGCAGCCAUGUUCCCGGAAACCCUGGAGGAGGGUAUUGAGAUCCCGUCCACACAGCUGGACCCCGCCCAGCCCACUGCUGUCCAGCGCUUGUCAGAGCCUUCGCAGAUGCUGAAGCAUGCUGUUGUCAACCUGAUCAACUAUCAGGAUGAUGCUGAUUUGGCUACAAGGGCCAUUCCCGAGUUGAUCAAGCUCUUGAAUGAUGAAGAUCAAGUUGUAGUAUCUCAAGCUGCCAUGAUGGUCCACCAGCUCUCCAAGAAGGAAGCAUCCCGCCACGCCAUCAUGAACUCCCCUCAAAUGGUGGCCGCCUUGGUCCGCGCCAUUUCCAACAGCAACGACCUCGAAACCACUAAGGGAGCCGUCGGAACCUUGCAUAACUUGUCACACCACCGUCAAGGAUUACUGGCUAUCUUCAAGAGCGGCGGAAUACCCGCCCUGGUCAAACUACUGAGCUCCCCCGUCGAAUCAGUCUUGUUCUACGCCAUCACCACUCUCCAUAACCUACUCUUGCAUCAAGAUGGAUCGAAGAUGGCCGUACGCCUCGCCGGCGGCCUUCAGAAGAUGGUGGCGUUGCUUCAGAGGAACAAUGUCAAGUUCCUAGCCAUUGUGACUGACUGCCUCCAGAUCUUGGCCUAUGGCAAUCAGGAAUCGAAGUUGAUCAUCCUCGCGUCUCAGGGACCGAUCGAAUUGGUGCGCAUCAUGCGCUCUUACGAUUACGAAAAGUUGCUGUGGACUACUUCACGAGUUCUGAAGGUGCUGUCUGUUUGCUCGAGCAACAAGCCGGCCAUCGUAGAAGCCGGUGGCAUGCAGGCGCUUGCCAUGCACCUCGGCAACCCGAGCGGCCGCCUUGUGCAGAACUGCCUCUGGACCUUGAGGAACUUGUCCGAUGCUGCCACUAAGGUCGAGGGGCUGGAGAACCUGCUUUCCAGCCUCGUGCAGGUGCUGGCUUCCACCGACGUCAACAUCGUCACCUGUGCUGCUGGCAUCCUGUCCAACUUGACCUGCAACAACCAACGCAAUAAGGUGACGGUGUGCCAAGCGGGCGGAGUGGACGCGCUGGUGCGCACCGUGGUGUCGGCCGGCGACCGCGAAGAGAUCACGGAGCCUGCCGUGUGCGCGCUGCGACACCUCACCUCGCGCCACGUCGAGAGCGAGAUGGCACAAAACGCCGUCCGUCUGCACUACGGCUUACCGGUGAUCGUGAAGCUGCUGUCGCCGCCGUCGCGCUGGCCGCUGGUGAAGGCGGUGGUGGGGCUGGUGCGCAACCUGGCGCUGUGCCCCGCCAACCACGCGCCGCUGCGCGAGCACGGCGCCGUGCACCAUCUCGUGCGCCUGCUCAUGCGCGCCUUCAACGACACGCAGCGGCAACGCACUUCAGUCCCGGGCGGCACGGGCGGCGCAGGCGCCGGCGGCGCGUACGCGGACGGCGUGCGCAUGGAGGAGAUCGUGGAGGGCGCCGUGGGCGCGCUGCACAUCCUGGCGCGCGAGGGGCUCAACCGCCAGCUCAUACGCCAGCAGAACGUCGUGCCCAUCUUCGUGCAGCUGCUGUUCAACGAGAUCGAGAACAUACAGCGCGUGGCAGCUGGCGUGCUCUGCGAGUUGGCGGCCGACAAAGAAGGGGCCGAAAUGAUAGAAGCAGAAGGGGCUACGGCGCCUCUCACUGAGCUACUGCAUUCUCGUAACGAAGGAGUCGCAACCUACGCUGCCGCAGUCUUGUUCCGCAUGUCCGAAGACAAGCCUCACGACUAUAAAAAGAGACUCUCCAUGGAGCUGACCAACUCGCUCUUCCGCGACGACCAUCAGAUGUGGCCCAACGAUCUUGGAAUGCAGCCCGACUUACAGGACAUGCUCGGGCCCGAGCAGGGAUAUGAGGGGCUGUACGGCACCCGACCCUCCUUCCACCAACAAGGAUACGAUCAAAUACCGAUAGACUCGAUGCAGGGCCUCGAGAUCGGCAGCGGGUUCGGCAUGGACAUGGACAUCGGCGACACCGAGGGCGCCGGCGCCGCGUCCGCCGACCUCGCCUUCCCGGAGCCGCCGCACGACAACAACAACGUCGCCGCCUGGUACGACACCGACCUCUAGGCCUAUACACCCCUUAACCCUAAUACGUAUCUGUCGAUAACCAAUAAGCUGGCUCCCCACACAGAACGUGGCUCGUGGCGAGGCAAUCAGUCAUUGUAGACAUGUAUUGUCCCGGCCGAGAAACGUCUACAUGGAACAUUUGCCUUGCGACGUGCCUCGGCCUGUGUGGACCCGGCUAUUAGAGCAUACGCCCGAGACGCUCUGUCAAUGAAAAAUCAAUGUUUUUCCUGAUGUUUAAUUAAGUUUUUAAUGUGAAGCCAUUGUCGAUCGGUAAUCGGGAGAAAUACACUUUCCACGCUGCGCUAAGCCAGUUCUUAGUCCAGGGUGGAGAAAUAAAAUUAGACCGACGUGUCGACACUUUCCUGAGCUAGAUCUCGUAAUCAAAAUUUUUCUUAAUUUCUUGGAUUAAUAUAAGAGCAUAUCGAGGCUCUCUGGAACACGUGAGAUUUCAAAUAAUAUGUAUGAUCGAGAAACCUGUGAUACACGAAGCAGCUUUAUGUCAAUUCAGCGUUGCCAAUAAAUAUAUAUUUGCAUGAUUUCAUUUUGCAAUGUAUUAAUAUUUAAAUAUAAUGACAUAAACCGCCUAUGAGUUUCAAAAUUACUUUGGUGCUAAGUUGAAGAGCUUAUUGAAUGUAUUAUACGUUUAUUGCAAGUAUAACAGAAUUAUCAAAUCCACCGAUAUAUUAAAAUGAUACCCGAGGGUAGCCCUGCGUUGAUGCAUAUCGGUCUAUUCCACGCGAGACGUGAAUUAAUCGGAAAAUAGGGUAACUCAUUUUAUAAAGUUUUGUAGCCUUUAAAAUCUAUAGCUAAAUGUAUUUAUCGGUAUUACAUUUUCUAGCAAUUUUUAUUUCUUCCUAAAUCAAUGUUUUGAGAUUUUGUUACACAUUUUAUACUUGAUAUCUUUUUUCUAUUUUAUUAAAAAGGAUAAGACUGUCCUGUUAUCAUGUAAGGCGUGUAUUGUUAAAGUAAAUUUUAGUAUUUGACUGCCAUUUAUUAUUUGAAUCAAAAUGUAGGUACGAUUAUAAGAUUGAUGCCGUUGUGGCUCGUAUGGUUGAUAAAUAGUAUAUUGAUUUUGUUUAGUAUAGUUUAGUAUUUGAUUUAAUUAAAUGAUAAUGUAAUUAGUAUUUCUCCGGACUAUAGUUUUAAGCGAAUAGUUUGAUUUAUCGAUGGUUGCUGUAACAGUGAAUAUCUCUAACGGUUGUAACGUACUUACAACUCGACGCCAAACUGUAAGGAAGGGUUUUCGCAUUUAGACACUAGGUUACAAGAAGAAAACACCCUUAUUUAAUACCAUUAUCUUAACAAUAGUAAUUAAGGGUGACCAUGAAAUGUGUUAGGGAUAUUUUUCUUUGCAUUUACAGGCCCUAUGAUAUACAUACUCAAUGCAUUCUAACAUAGACCUUGCACGUUCUGUACUUCAAUUGUAGAAAAUGCACUCAAAAUUAACUUAAACCAUAGCAGAAUGUAAUUUUAGAUCAUUAAUCGUUAGAUUAAGACUUAAACUUAGAAUUACGUCAUCGCCCUCAUUGAGGGCCCUUUAAUGUAUUUUUUUUAUUGAUACUUAUUUACUAGACUUUGCCAGUGUUUUUAUACGUUCGAUUAUGAAAACAUUGCUGAAGUACGUAUGAGAUUUUGUGUCCAUUUGUGUAUGGAUAAUAAAUAAAUUUGAUUAUAUAAUAUU